UUGGUCCAGCCCCCAACAUUUCUUUUUAACAGUCACUGAUGAGCAUGUGGCCACCUCUACUCUCCUGAAGAAGCCUCAACGGCGAAACGUCGAGACCGGAGACCGCUCUCUCUUUUUUACAUUUUUUUAUGGCAAGAUUUUAAACUUUCUUUUUAUUAUUAAAGUAUAUACCUUUUAAAACUAGGACAGCGAUUGCCUUUUUUAGCCAACUAUUUUUAAACCCACAAGAUGGCCGCACCUUGUUAAGCCACAGCAGGGUUUGGAGCAGGACAAGGCCGAGGGUGAGUCACUUGGAUUUUACCAGCAAAAGAGUGUGCACACUGAAGAUUCCUACCAGAACUCACCAGAACUUGGACCCUUGGACUUUCUAAAUCCUCAAACAUUACAGUCUGCUGUGUAUGGCUUUAAAUAUAACAGGAUCAAUUACAUCAAUCUGAUCCUUAAACGUAAGUGUCCGGUAGUUGAACUUGUUUUACUUGGUUGCAAUCAUUUCCUUGUUUUAAAACUCCUUUUUUAUACAACAAACAAGGUUCUAUAGGGAAUUGCCUCUUUCUCUCUUUCCCCCCCCCCCCUUUUUUUUCUCUUUUUACUCCUUUUAACUUGUCUAUUCAAUUCUUUUUGUUUUAUUGUUAUUUUUAACCAACAAUUGUUUUUUACUCAAGGGUGGGGCUGAUUGCCCGGCCCAGCCUCGGGUUUGCAGGAAACCAUCCUGUGGCCAACGCUGGUAUUAGCUGAACUUUCACUCCUUUCUUCCUCCCCCUCCCUCUCCCUUCCUUUUUUACUCUUUUUCAAUUUCUUCAUGGACUCUCCGAACCCUCAGCGAUCCAACAUGCCCAUACCCCUUAAUAACCGUUUUUCAGCACUGGCUUCUCCUCCUGGGGAGGUGAGGGGCGGGAAUGUAUUACAUCACUCUCGUCCCCUCCUCCCCACGGGGAAAACUACACAACCUCCACACCCACAUAGUCUACCUCCACACCCACAUAGUCUACCCACACAUAUCUAUUUACAAGCCAAAUCAUAUUUCAAAUUACUGCAGGCCAUUCACCACUCAGAAAUUCUCAACACUACAUUCAACAACCAUACAUUCCCACAGGGCAUGAUGAGGAAGGUGACUCGCCUCACCUCCUUCAUCAAGCCCUCCUCACCCAAUGAAACAACCCAACUCAAGGUACAACAGAACACUGACACCUGGAUGCUAAACAAUAUGCACAUCCUCCGUGAGCACUAUGACUCUGUGAUCGCUGUGGGGUUGGAGACCAUCCCUACUUUUAAUCAGAUUCCCUUUGACAAGGCGCUCCAGUGGGGGAGAUCGAGAUAUGGGAGGAAGCUCACCUCCUCCUCCAUCAACACACUGCGGGACAUCACAUCUAAGAGCCCGCCGACGGAGGAGGGGGCCCCUAUGUCUCGACUCUCCCCCCUUGACUACCCCCCACUCCCUAACCCAGUAAAUCCCCUCCUCUUUCAACAGUUGGACCCCUCUCACCAUCCCAUUUCCCCUCCGCUCACUACCACCUUACUUAUCACUCCUUCUUCUCCUCCAUCCCUUACUUCUCUCACUCCUGCCCUCAAGAUUCAAACUCCUCCUACUUCUCCUUCUCCUCCCCCCCUUACCCCUUCUUCUUUUCCUCUUCUUCCCCCCUACAGAGACCUCUGUACCCCCAGUGAGGGCGCGGGGGCUUUUGAUGUGGUGGCUCCGCCCACGACCCAUCUGCUCGAAUGCAACCCGCCGCUUACAGUAGAGGUGGAGAUUCAUCCCCUUCCUCCCAGAGAAAGCGGCCGGUUGCGGGCCCGUCGGGCGGAGCGUCCCGUCAUCUCCCCUGCGCCUUCCUCCCCCUCCCCCUCACACACGGAUGCAACUCACCCACCACAAACGCACUACAGUAAUGUGGCUCUCCCGUGCAGUAACACUAUCUCCUCCUCUUUCUCCAUAGACACACCCCACCAUCUGAUUUGCCCGCUUCUGCCGCCAGCAGCAACUCCGCGGCCCCACUUGGCUCUCCAGGACGCCCGGAACCACACUCGCACCCCCACACUUAACGCAAAAUCCAGGACUGGUCGCUGGAGGUGCGGAAGACGACCCUGGUGAUUGGGGACUCGAACCUGUCCCGCAUUCCAAAAUUCACCCACCCACACAUUCAAGUAGACAGUUACCCCGGUGCAAACUUCCAUCACAUAAAUGCAAUUUUAAGUAAACUCACUCCUCACCCACAACCACUUCACGUUAUUUUAUCAGUAGGCCUGAACAAUUGCCUUUCAGAGCACGAACCCACCA